AUGCCAAGCACCGUUGCUUCCAUCGCUUCUGCUGGCGGAAAGUCAUCAACAAACAAUAACAAUAAUUUUAAAAUGGAUUUAAUGGAUCUUUUGGAUAGGUCUCAACAAUUGUUACCGGUUGUUGAUAAUUUUAUUCAAAAAGAUUUGGAAUCUAUUCAUGAACAAUCUAAAAAAUUAAUUCAAAAAACAGCAAGAGGAGAUGUUCAAUCAAAAGGAGAUUAUUUGCUUGCUGCUCACGGAUUUGAUGUGGAAAAGUAUAGAAGAACAGUUAGUAGAUUAGAUCUUAAACAAGCCUUUGAACCUUUGGAACCUAUCGGAGAAACAGAUAUUGAAGGUUAUUUAAAACACGAACACGAUAUGAUUCUUCUCUCUUCUGUAGAAGAAUCUAAAAGACAUACUAGUAGUUGUUUUUAUAAGAACUUUAAUGAUCACUUGGAGGAUGAUUGGAAAUCAGCUAAAGAAAGCUUGAUGAAAACUUUGAACUUACACAAAGCUUACCAAAGUCAACAAUUUAGACCAUCUCUUGGUUUGAAUGACUCUGUCAGAAAACCAUCUAAGUAUUCAUCAUUCAUUGUUUCAUCAGGAAAUUCUACACCAUUCUCGUCUCCUAUUAAUCAAAAUACAACUCUUAUGGCUCCAACUCCAAAGAGAGGUAAGACUACAAUGGACGAAAGAAUGAUUGCCUAUAGCACUGUUGUUUAUAAUAUUAACAAGACUAUGAAGGCAGACCAAACUACUAGAAUUAUUGAUCAAUUCUCUGAAGCUGCCAAAUAUAUUGAAGAAUCAGUAGCAAGGAAGAGAGAAGUUACAGAAUGUUGGAGGUUAUUGAGUUUCAUGAUCAAUGAAAAUAAUGUUCAUGGUGAAAUCUCACAAAAGGACCUUUUACGAGGAGCUAAAGAAUAUAUGGAAACUUCCUAUGUUCAAUAUAUUAAAGAUUUAUUAGGUAUUGAAGGAGAAGUUCCUGAUAAAUUGAAGCUCAUUGAACAAUUUGUUGCUGAAACAACUAAGAAUAUUUUACCGGAACACCUCGGAGAAUCUAUUAAUGGAAAUUAUAUUUGGCCAGUAUUAUUUUAUUGUUUAAGAUGUGGUUUCAUAGAAGAAGCUCUUAGAUUCACCAAUGACCAUAUUGCCUAUUUCUCUCAAGUCAUUAUUAGUGCUUUGGAAAAUAAGAAGGAAGCUCAAACUUCUAGCUCUUCAAGCUUGGAACAACAAUUGCACGAAUUAUAUAGAAAGAUACCACCAAAUAGAUUAUUCCAACAUGCUGUAUACUUGGUUUUGGGUAGAUGUGACGUGAAGAAGACCAUUCCACAGAUUUUCUCUAAAACUGAAGACUUUAUGUGGUUGAAACUUUCCAUAAUAAGAGACGAUUCAAAUUAUACAUUACAAGAUUUACAAAAGAUUGUUACAUCACAUGGACCAAAACAUUUCUGUCCAAAGAAGAACUCUCUACUCUACUUUAAGCUUUUGUUAUGUACUUUGCAAUUUGAAAGAGCCAUUCAAUAUCUCUGUAGUCGUCAAAGUGAAGGAUAUCACGUUGAAGCUGUUCACUUUGCAUUCACCCUUUACUUCUACGAUCUCCUUAACGUUUCCGAAGACACUAGUGCUCCUCUUUUGACAGAGAAGGAUGGUUGUCAACUUAACUUCCACUUCUUAAUCAAAGAUUACAUAAGAAUAUUCGCCCAUACUGACCCAUGUAUUGCUGCUUCAUACUUUUACAUUUUCUAUAAGAGAGAUGAAAAGAAGAAAUACUUCAAGUCUAUCAAGGAAUUGAUAAUUGAAGGAAAGGAUGUAUCUGUACUUUUGGGUCAUGUAGAUAUUGAUGGAAAAUUGAAGAAUGGAUUUUUACACUACUUCUUAGAUUCUUUUGAUUUCCUGGAAUUGGCCGAGUCAUGUGCUCAAUUAUACAAUGAAGCAGGUAGAUAUAGAGAUUCAGUAGAUAUUUAUUCAAUGGCUUUAUUAUAUAACUUUAGUUUAAUGCCAGAUCUUUCUGUUGAUACACCAAAUCGUUUGAAGAAAUAUAUUCAUUCUAUUCUUGCCAUUAUGAUUGAUGAAUUGAGUCAAGUAUUGACCGGAGGUGAAAAUAGAGAAGAAGUUAAGCAACUUGCCUCUAAAGUCUUUAAAAACUUUACUGAUAACAAGAUUCUUCAAAUUAUUGAACAAAGCAACAAGAAGAACUUUGAAACUUUCAAGAUGCUUCUCAGUCUUACAAAAGUAUUUGACAGCUUCUUGAAUAGAAAUUACGAUCGUACUCUUGCAGAUUUACAACAACUUCAAAUUGUUCCAUUCAAAAAGCAAGAAUUGGAGAGUAUUUCAUUAAGACAACUCGAUAAGAAAAUACAGAAGAAACUACCAGAUAUCUUAUUUGUAGCUAUGUGUACUCUUUGCCAUUUACAUUCUUCAUCCAGAUCUCACUCUCAAAAUGAAAUCAAGGAUAUGGCCUCGAAUGUAAUGUCAUUUGCUGGUCUUAAUGAAGAAUUGGUUAGCAGUGAUGUAACUACUCAACUCUUGCAAUUCGUAAAUAGAAUGAAGUAAAAAUAAUUUUAUUU